GCCGGCCCUAUUCACUCUCCUCGUCACUUCAUCCGUGAUACAGUCGCCUACUGCCUCGACAGUUCACGUCCUCCUGAUGCCAGGCCCGGCGACCCCCCCUCUUCCCGAGCGACUGAGUCUAACACUACCUGACUUUAAAGACGUCGCGACCGUCAAACUACUAGUGGGCGGAGACAAAUCCUCCUUCCUCGUCCACAGACCCCUCCUCGAGAUUUCCGCCCCCUUUUUCACCUCGGCCCUAGAAUCUCAAUUUAAAGAGGGGAAUGAACAGCUCAUAACCUUUCCAGAAGACGAUCCCGCUACCGUCCUUUGCUUCGUCCAGUGGGUUUACUACAAAUCCUACAAUCUACCGGACUCGGGGGACGAGCGUUUCAUCCUCCUGGCGAAGUUAUACAUCUUCGCCGAUAAAGUUCUGAGUGACCCGCUAAAGAACGAUGUGAUACGGAUGCUAUUCUACCUACGCUCCCAGGGCGUCGAUCCUCCUCAACUACCGGUGGUUCGCUUCGCGUUCGAUAAUAUGCCCCCACACUUCCCGUUCCGAAAACUGCUGGUGGACUGGUACGGCUGGCAUAUUGAUUUAGCCUGGCUAGAAGAGCCUUCAACGAUGGAGAGUUUGGCGCAGCACCCCGAGUUUACCGCCGAGCUUGCCUCCCGCCUAGCUAAGAGGGUGACGUCGAAUAUGGAGAGCCCACUCCUGGAAACCCCAGAGCCGUAUCUUGCAAAGGCCACUCAAUCCGACGGCCGCGUUCCCAGGCCAGAUCCCCACGACGACGGCGAUCACGUCUCGAUAUAGGCCCACGAACGAGAAGCCGACAUCUCGACGCUUUAUAGGCUCCCUAGCGCUGGGACUGCACCGUAGAUGUGGGAAAUUGACAAGUUACACAAUUGUUGAUGUUUGGGGGCCGGGGACGCUACUAUAGAAGAUUUUAUGUUUGAUAUUAUUCGGUUGUUCUAUCGUGCACUUUAUGAGAUGCUUAGACCGC